AACCUGGUGGUCUUUAAUUAAAGUUAAACCCGAACAUCCGAGCGCAAUGAACAUGAACUACUUUAAGUUCAUCCAUCCCAUUUCCUGGACGAAGUUCCCGGAGGAGGGCCAAUGGGGAAGGCAUGGGAAAGUUCUCCCCAUUUUUUCCGAUUACAUCGAUGCUUCUUAAGGAAGGCAAACACACAGCAGCUCGAGCAGCAGCCCGCUACUGUCAGGAGCGGAGGGGGACAUUAAAAGUAGUCUACACAUAGGUCUGAGGCCGGCGAGCCAAAAAGGAGACAAAUCCUGCUUCACGAGAGAGAAAGUCCGUUUUAGGGUAUGGAGGCCUUGUUUUUCCCAUGGUGAUGAUGAGGAGUUGGAGCCCACCCUAAAAACGCUGUGAGCUCAUGGAAGAACUAAUUACGGGCUGUAGCCAGAUACACAUGUUCCCCAGUAAAAAGACACUAUUAUAUUGAAAAGAAGCAGAGGAUGUCCAGAGCUGACUGGUCCUUCCUGGAGCACCUGCUGGAGGAGGGCCAAGAGUAUUCGACAGGCAUUGGCCGCGUCUGGCUCACCGUACUCUUCCUCUUUCGCAUGCUGGUACUUGGAACUGCCGCCGAAUCUGCCUGGGAUGAUGAACAAGCUGACUUUGUGUGCAACACACAACAACCCGGCUGCACUGCCGUGUGCUACGACAAAGCUUUCCCCAUCUCCCACUUUCGCUACUUUGUCCUCCAAGUCAUCUUCGUCUCCACGCCGACCAUCUUCUACUUUGGAUAUGUGGCUAUAAGGGCUAGGAAGGACAAGAAAAAGGAGGAGGAUAAAGAGAAGAAGCAGGCAGAAGAGGGCGGUGGUGGAAGUAAGAGAGGAGAAACUGUAACAGAAAGGCACAGUAACAAUGUGACUAAAGACAAUGCAGAAGAGAAGGAGAAACAAGAGGUUGGUGGGAAACGUAGAAGAGCUGACAAGCCUCCCCCUGAGACCCCUAAGCUGAAAGGAAGGUUGCUGUGUGCAUAUGCAUUCAGCAUCCUGACGAAAGUCUUUCUAGAGGCUGGCUUCAUCGUAGGGCUGUGGGUCCUUUAUAAUGGUUUCAUCAUUGCAGCAAAGUUUGAGUGCACGGGGUCCCCUUGUCCUCACACAGUGGACUGCUUUGUCUCUCGACCCACGGAGAAGACCAUCUUCACCAUCUACACUCAGGUGAUUGCUGUCAUCUCCCUGGUCCUCAACCUCUGCGAGCUCCUCCACCUACUCCAGCUUGCCAUCACCCAUCGACUGGAGAAACGCUACUGUGCCCAGAGCUAAAACUACCUACCUCGGUCAGAACAGCCGAUAACAGCCCAGCAGGAGACUCCAGAGCUCCAAACGGAGGUGUCUUUCAAAGCAGAGAGUCAUGUUAACCUCCCCAUCCAGGGGGAGGCUACAUGCUACCCCAACCCCUGUGAGAGCUACGGGGAUCUGGCGAUAGAGGUAAACUGGGGACCUGGGGAAGCUGAGAGUGACCUGCUUCCAAGUUAUGUGAACUGCUUGGGGGCCAUGAGGACAACACAUUCCCCUAGAGUCCAUUAUAAUAAACAAGCACACCACACUGAGAAAAACACUAAGGGUGCCCAUAAGGGAAAGUCAAAGCAGAAGCAUUACGUAUGAGAUGCCCAAUCAGAUUGGACAAUAUGUUGUAUAUGACUCUGGAAGUUUGGUUUGGUUUCUGAGCCUUCCAGUUUUUAAUAAAUACUAUCCUGCGCAUGACUAUCAGGAAUGCACGGUGAGAGCUCAAAUGAAGAAGAACAACUAUUGCACUGUGAACUCGAUGCCUUAGAGGCGGGCGGACGUUCAAUCAGAGAUUUACCAGAUAAAUGGACCUAUUCAAAAUGAAGCAUUUUGAGAACACUCCCCAAGGCAAAUAAAAUGAGACUCCAUAGUCUUUAGUGCUGAAUGUGACGGUGGGUAAAAAAAUGAAAAUGAAAGACUAAGGAGGGGCUGCGGAUAUUGUGUGUAUGGGAGAGUACAUAGAACCACAAUUAAGCAUAUUCCCCUGAGAUUUGCACUGCAACCCCUGGAGUUCUGUGAAGUCCCCUCCUCUCCCCAUGGCUGUGUUCACACUGUGGAAUGUACUGGUCUCUGGAUCCUGCUCAGAUCCCAAGAGGAUAAUGACUGUGUUGAUGCAUGCACGCAUGCAUGCACGCACACAAAUGAACUUUUCAACCUUUUACCCAGUGAGUUUUGGUCACUGGAGUUGGGGAUUUGGAUCGGGGGAAGGCAUGGGUAGGUAAACAGAAGAGCCAAACCAGGGGAAUUCUGGGAUUGUAAACGAAUUAUCAUGGCCAGCAACCAUAGUAUUUUAUCUAUGAGGAAAGAUGGAGAGAGAGGACCACUGCAUACUAGAUUGCGAGAGCUGAAUAAUGGAGCAAACACAAGCAUGUUGUUGGAAAAUCAAACCAUUUAGAGACCUUGGUUGAGAACUCAAAAGAUGCAUUAGUGAUUGCACAAUUAAUGGACGGAACGCGGUACAGAAAUGUGCAAACUUAAUAAAAGGAAAUGUCUAAUUAUGUGAAAACUGUAUUUAAUGUUUAAAGUAUUGUGAAUGAAUGCCAGUGUUAAUAUUUAUUAUUUUAUGGAAAAAUAAAGUUAAAAAGUACCAUCAA